UAUAUCAGUUGACUAGUUGCGCCACUGGCAGAUUCACCAAAGUAGCAAAAUUACCACAUUCGUCUUUACAUUAUUCUUCUACAUGUUUUGUGAGAUAGGCGAGUUUUGAAUCACAUGUACAUAUAGGCCUACAUGACUGCCUAUUAAAGGAAAGGGACACAACGAUCUGUAAAUAUGGCGUCUGGAUUUUCAACUGAAAAUGAGAGCAAAUGUGAGGGUUGCCUUGCCUUUGGCAAAGCCCAUGUCUGCUACAGGAUGGAGGUCAGACAACAAUUAUGUGACGACUGUGCACAACUAAACGGACAUCUGAUCAAGGAAGAUAAUGUGAGACAGUGGUACUGCACGAAGCAUCUCCAAGAAUCCGCCAAGAUGUUCUGUACAACCCAUGAUGUCUUAGUCUGUGAGACAUGUGCCUCGACGGAACAUCGAAAGGAGUGCAGUUUGCAGGACGUAGUCGAUACAGUUGUGGAUCGCAAAGAAGAGUUAGCAUUCCUCAUUGAAGAAGGGAAGAAUAGGGAAGAAGAAAUGCUGGAAAGAAGCAGAGUCAUCAAAGACCGGGUGGCAAAAAUAAAAGAGCAUUAUGCUAAGGAGGAGAGACGACUGAAGAAGGCAUAUGCGGACGAAAUGAAGAAACUAACAGAUAGGUUUGGAUUGCUGAUGAGAGAGCUGAAAGAAGGAUCCGUCGUCGUUCGCGAGAAAGUGGACAAACAGAUGGUUGACGCAGACAAGGUCUGCAAAGACAUGGUCGAGAUCCACACAAAUGCAAAAGAAAUGAUGAAUAAUGACGAACUGUUGAUGAAUGAGUUCACCAACUUUACCCGACUAUGUUGUGGCAAGUUCGAGGGGAAAAUCAAUAUCAGCGAAUCGGAUCGUGCCUUGCAAGUUGCCAAGAUGGUGAACUUUGAGAGAGAAGAAGGUCAGAGAAUAGGAGAGAUAAACAUGCCUGUGGAGACGUGGGAGGUCGAGCGGAAAUUCCGUGUGGGUCAGAAGGCGUUUUCCUGCAUGAUAGGGUCAAGCAGCAGCAAUGAGGUAGUCAUCAAGGAUAACCACGAUGCUUCUGUUCAUUUGCUAAGUUUUCGUGAUGGCAAGGAGAAGAGAGUCAUUGAGAGCAAGAAUUCUCAUGACAUGUAUAAGUGCAGUUUUCUUAAUGACGGGCGAAUCGUAGGUGGUUCCUGUGAUGGAGAUGUCGUUAUCUUUGACCAGACGUGGAAGCAUAUUAGGACAAUUAGCGUGGUUCUCUCACCGAGCGCUCGAGUUUCAGUUUCCGUGGACGGCGACGGCAACAUCCUCGCCUCUGCCCUAGGUCAGUCUUCCAUCUGCGUCAUCAACCCACAUAACGGGGAGAUUGUGAGAUCGCUUACCGUCGCCAACAAGGCGAUAUACGAGGUUCAUGCAAUGGCAAACAACAACAUUGCCAUUCGCACCAAGUGUUCUAAAGGCCAAGACGUAUGUGUCCUAAACCAAGAUGGUGUGGUCAUUUCCACUGUCCAUCUUCACACCAAGGACAUGAGAAGCAUGGCCGUAGACAGGUCAAGAGAUGUGCUUUAUGUAAUGUAUCAAGUUUCCCCGCUUAACUUUGCCAUCGAUGUGAUGACGUUCGGACGUUCUGCAGGAUCAAAGAAAAUUGUUGACUGUUCGAAAACUCCGUUUAGUCCAAACUUUGUUCUCCCGGGAAAUGCUAGGCUUGUGGUUCACAGUGAGGGAAAAGUCCUCGUUUACAGGAAAACUAACCGCGGUCUCGGUGAACUCCUGACUGACUCGGUAUCAUGUUAGAAAGACUGAUCACGCAUUCCUCCCUUAACGUGGUACUUAAUUGUUCAAACAAGAAAUAUUUGAGACAGAAGUGUACUUGUUGUAAAUAGUACUGUAUAUAAGCAUAAUCAAAAUGAAUCAUAACGUAAGUCCAUGGUAUUGUCCCCUACGUCAAAAAGCAAAUAUCAGCUUUUUAAAUCAUCAGAUAUAUGUACUUAAAAAGUACAUACCUGAUAAUUGUGUUAGGUUAGAAGCCCCACUAGUUUUUUUGUACAGACCAAUCUGAAAAAAGACACUUUUGAUGUCAAAAUAUGUUCAGAACCUUGUUGCGUAUAGGGGACUCUAAUUACCAAAUAAAUUAUUGGACUAGUAUUAUCGUAAUUCGUAAGUGCUUUUACAAUUAAAUGGUACAUCACUCCUUUUUAGUUUGUUAUUUUAUGGGGUGUCCAUUAUGAUGCAGUGGAUCUGGUAUGUACAUCCACUCUCCUCCCCCUGCAUAGGGUGACACUCAUAAAGUGUCUUAUUUUUUUAUUGAAGAUGACGUCCCAUCUUUAGAGGUGAUAUUAAUCAACUAUCUUUUUUAGUAAGUCGUCAUGUACAUGGAAUUCUUGCUAGCGACAUCCAGUAAAUGCUUUUGUUGCGGAUAAGUUUACCAUUUUUUCUCAACUGGAUGGUGUAGUUACUGGGGUAAAAACCUUUUCUUUAUAUGUACGAGUUGUGAGCAUCCGUCAAGCCAUUCUAAAACAUUCUCCAGUGUGUUUUUUAAUAACAUUUUGAUUGUGUGUUUUCUAUCUUCUCAAACACGAAUCGUAAAACAUAACAUUCAAACAAUAAGUUUCAGGUUACCAUGGGAUUUUUCAGUGGUAUUGAAAUAAUAUCUGUUUUUAUAUAGUUAGAACAUGGUUAAAAAAAACGGCCCCGAAUAUCCACAUAUCUUUCAUUACAUGGAUCUUUAACAUUGUAUGCCUUUUAGAAUAUUCAUGCAAGAGUGGCGAAUAUGCUUAAUAAAUACCUUUCGUUUUGACUUUAAAAAAAAAAAAAUCCUUUUUUUUGUUUUGUGAGUUAUACAAUUUGAUAUAAAUCGGCCUUACGUCAUUUGCCUAUUAAUUAUUUUGGUUUUUAUCCGGUACUUAAACCAAAUUAAAAGAUUAAAUGUAGACAAAAAAAUGUCACAUUCUAAGAAUAUAUAUAUUGCUCAACACCCAAGUUUUAUUAAUGAGAGGUAGGCAAAUUUUACCCUUUUACUGCCUGCCAUAUUGCAUUAGAAGUCUGAAUCUUUUUCUGUUUAUAGGAAUGUGGAGCGUGUUUUUUUUCCUCUCGUAAUCUCACAUUAUCUAUUAUUAUCUUGCAAAUGAUUUCAGCAUAUUUAUAACUUUUUAAUUGCCAAAAUGUUGGUUUCAACUUUUAUGGCGUAUGUGUGAGCAUUCAUUUUAUUCCUUAAGAAUAUUUAGCUUUGGUGAGAUUUUUUUAAGCAGUGAUUUAUUUACGUUUCUAAAAACGCUAUGGUCAACGACACGUAGCCUAAAUCAUGUAUUUUUAGAAAGUAUCUAAUAAUAGUCAAUACAGUACAUGCAGUUUCUACAUUCGUUUUAGAGUUAUGCAUUCUGUCACGUAUAGUACGUAUUAUCAUAUAGUUAAGAGGGCAAGCUAUCGUCCCAAAGAUCAGUUUGAGAUCCGUUCAGGCCUGUGUGGAGCUUCCUCUGUAUAUCCUAUCUCAUAUAUCACCUCUGAAACACAAUGUAUCUCUCAAAACAUUACAUGUUACACCUUUUCCUUCCUAUUCAGGUCGCUACUACUUUCCCCGGCAUUAAAACAAACCCAUCAUGAUCAAACCAGGGCUAAGUUUCUUAAAAACUGAGUUCGAAUAACAAUGCCAUCAAAUAUAUGACAAAUCUGCUAACUGUUAAUUACAGGUUACAAUUUUGUGAAUAUGUAUCAAUAAAAUAUAUCUGGAUUAUCGUCUACACUUCAAAACUACGUAAUUAAAAAUGUGGAAAUUCUCA